AUGUUAAGAAAAGCUAUUGAUUCAAUGUUAAUUUUACUACGUUUUGAUGAAAGAAAAGAUUAUUAUAAUUCAAUACCACAAAAUUGGCUAUGGAAUUCUACAUUUGUAGACAGUUCUUUUCUUAUCAAUACUACUACUGCUACCACUACUAAUACUACUACUAUCAAAAAUAUAAGUAGUACAAAUAGUAAUAUGAAUUGUGAUAAUCUAAUAACAACAUUCCAUAAUACAGAUCAAAUUAAAACACCAUUAUUAACCGAUUCUAAUGAAUUUCUAUAUAGAAAAAAUGAUUAUAACAAUAAUAAUACUACUUAUAAUGAUAAUAGUAGUAAAAAUAAUAAUAAUAAAAUAACCCGUGCCAAAUCAAUAUCCAAUCGUAAUUCAAUGAUUCAUUAUUCAAAUGUUAAUUAUAAUAAACGAUCCAAAAGGAAUAAUAAUAACCACAACCAUAAAUGUAAUGAAAAGAGGACUAAACGAAGGAAUCAAUUCAAUCAUAUACGUUUACAUAGUUAUGAUGAAAAUAUUCAAAAUUUUUAUCAUGAAGAUGGUGAAUUUAGUACAGAUGUAACAUAUUUACCAUUAAGUGAAUUUAAUCAUUCAUUGGAUCCAUUGAAGGUUUCAAAGAAGACAACCGUCUAUACUACUACUACUACUACUAAUACUACUACUACUACUUAUAAUAAUAGUAGUAAUACACAAAAUAGUGAGUUGACCAUAGAUGAAGGAAAUAACUUUAAUUUUCCAUCAUUACCAAUAGUGUUACAUCCACGAGCACAAAUAGUACAGCAAAAUCUAGAAGCGCCUUCAUCAUCAAUAUCAUCAUCCUCGUCGUCGUCAUCAUCACCAUCAUCAUCAUCAUCAUCAUCAUCAUCAUCAAGUUCAACAAAACAAAUAAACCAUUCAGAUUUAUUAAUAAACAAUCAUUCUAAUUUAAUAUUUAAAAAUGUAAAUAAAAAUAAACGAAAUCAAAUGGAUAACUUUCAUUUAUUCAAUAAUGAUCAUAAUAUAAAUAAUCGAAAUCAACAAGUAACACAAAAUUACCCCUUUCAAGGUCAACAAGAAGUCACCUUGGCAACACAAAACAAUAAUAAUAAUAAUCAUCACAAUAUAUUUAAAGAAUGUAUAACUGAUUGUUUAAAAUUGAAUCAAUCACAACAAGGAACAUAUCGAACUCCAGUCAUUUCGAAUAAUACUGACCCAUUGUUAAUCAACAAUGUAAGUCUACAAAACAAUCCCAUCGCAACAACAACAACAACAACAACAACUCCCAUAACAACAACCACAACGACAACAACAAUUCCCAUAGCAACAACAGUUACCAAUGAUAUACCUAUCAAUUCUUUAAUCAAUAAUCAUUUAUCAUCAAAUAUUCAUUUUAAUACAAGUCGUUCAAAUAGUGGUCAAACAUUAAUUGAUCAUAAUAAUAAUCUAAAACGAAAUCAUAAUCCAUUUAAAUCAUAUAGAGUAAGAAAGUUACCAAGAAAAAGAAGAUCUAAUUCAUUAAUAGAUCAACAUUUAAUUCAAUCAUUUCCAUCAUGUAAUUCAUGUUUUCAUAGAACAUCAUCAGCAUCAGCAUCAUCAUCAUCAUCGUUGAAUAAUUGGUUAAAAUAUCAAAAACAUUGGUUAUUUACAUUUUAUGAUUUUGAUGAUGAACAUAAUAUAAAAGAGGAUGACACUGCAUUAGUCCAUUCCGUUUUUGCUGUUGUAGCAGCUCGACUACGACAAAAACAUAAUGGUUCAAAAAGUAUUAUUAAAAAAGUAUCAGAAUAUGAAAAAUUAAGUCAAGAUCAUGAUGAUAAUCAUAGAAAUGACCAUGAAAAUAAGUCAAAAUCACAUCAAACCAAUAAACAAAUACAUCAACAUAUUCGACUGGCUAGUUAUAUCUCAAAUAAUAAACCUAAGCAAUCUAAAAGUAAAGAGAUCAACAAUAAAGAUGAACAACAGUUAUGGCGGUUAUGUAUUAAAUGGAAUUCAAAAGAUUUAUCCAAUAAGUCAACACUUAAUCCUACUAAUACAUAUGACAACAACAAUAACAUUUCUAAUGAAAAUACCCACCAAUUUAAACUGAAAAAAACACAUAUCUUUGCUACAUUAGGUACAGAAAUUGAUAAGACUUCAGUAUACAGUGAUCAUUCAACUGUUUCUUUAAUAUCCCUUGAUAUUCAUGGAAUAGACCGACAUGAAAAGAAACGUCAAAGAUUUCAGCAUCAUAAGUACUCUCAUAAACCUUUAUUACAACAAUACAUCAAUGAUACUAGACGAAAAUCAAUCAUUUGUUCUGUUUGUCAACGUUUAAUCAAUGUCAAUUCUAAUGAACAAGCCCUAUCAUGCUUGUAUAAUAAUAAAAAGAUAAAUGAUAAAGAGCAAAUGAAUAUGAAUAAUGACCUAACCGAAACUGGUCAAAUAUCCUUUGAUAAAAGAUUUAAAGGUAAAUGUAAACUUAAUCAGAACUCUAAUAGUCGAUCUCAUGAAAUUCAUGAUUAUCCACCAUAUUGUUUAACUAAAUGUAACAAUAUUCAAUAUAAACGUAAUAGUUGUCAUAUUUUAUCAAAUUAUAAUAUAAAUUUGGAAAAAUUUAAACAUGAUUAUAUUACUACUAAUUAUACUACUUAUAAUAAUCCUAUACAAUACAGGGAUUAUUAUUAUUAUCAUCCAAGAAUAAUUCCAGAGAAUAUUGAUCAUGAUCAGUUUAAUUAUGGAUCAAAAUUAUGGAUCAAUUCAUUGGAUCAAACCAUUUCAACUAAUAUGUUACAUUGUCAACAAUGUUUAUAUAAUAAAUUGAAUAAAAGGUAUAAUAAACAGGGAUAUUUGAAUGGACCCUGUAAUAAUAAUAAUAAUAAUAAUAAUAAUAAUAAUAAUAAUGAACUAUCAAAGGUACAUAUAAAAUCCAACUGUAUCCAUGGCAACUCGAAUUCAGUGAUGUAUUGUUGUAAUCAAUGUAAUCAAUGGUUUAUACCAUUAUGGAAUCAAUUAUAUUAUUCAAGAAAUAAACGUCAUAUUUCAAAAGAUGAUAAUUUAAUACACAGAUCCUACAACCACUAUUGUUAUCAUCGAUCAUCAAGUCAACCACUAACUAAACAUGAAAGAAUAAUUCAAAAUCAUUUAUCUAAAAAUAAUCGAUAUAACUAUAAUAAUAGUAAUACUAUUCAAUGUUCAACUGUACAACAUCGGAUACCAAUAAAUCAACAAUCAUAUAAAAGCCAAUCAAAACAUCGAAAUAGACGAACUAAACGACGUGCUAAAUCUCACCUACCUAUUCAACGUUUCUUUUCAAAUGAUACAAACAAUCAAGUAAAUGAUCCAUCAAUUCAGUUUAAUCAUUAUAAAUUAGAAUCAUAUAGAUCUAAAAAGGAGAUAGACUGUCAAACUAUUGUGAAUAAUAGUGAUAAAUUCAUUGUUGAUCCUUUUCUUGAUCCAUAUGAACAUUUAAUCAAUUUAAAACUGGAUCAUAAAUUGAAACAUCAUAAUCGAAAAUAUUUAGGACAAUUAAAUGUUCAAGAAUGGUUGGAUAAAACAAUAACAAGCAAUUAUUAAUCCAUUAAAAUAAAUAGAAUUCCUAUAUUUGACUUAAAAAAAUACAAUUUUUCCAUUGUAAUAUAACGAUGGAUACUUGUCUUUUUUUAUAAUUCUUUUUUGUCGAAUAAACUUUAGCUAUAAUUUACAUACUACUAAAUAUACUUUGUGA